CACGUCAUUGGACAUAUUCACAGUCACAUGACCUCUGCUAAAAAUUAGCACUGGCCAACUGGCCAUAUCAAGUUCAGUUAUUGGAUAAGCGAGAAAAAAUAAGUGGUCGACCUUCGGACCCGUCUCAAAAAUAUACGUAGACACCACUUCAAUGAUUAUAAAAAUAGCAAUGGAAGCAGCAGCAGUCAAAGAAAAUUUGAAACAAAUAUUUUUGCACGCUGUCCAGGCUGUAAAACCGCAAAACCUAAUUCUUCAAAAUUUAGUCAGGCGUGAGGACGUUUUGGUUGUAAAUGAAAGGAAAUAUUCUUUGAAGAGAAAUGUUUUUAUGGUGGGUUUUGGCAAAGCCGUCCUGGGGAUGGCCGCAGCUGCUGCACCCCUACUUGAUAGUCAUCUUCAGGGUGGCAUCCUGAGCGUUCCGGUUGGAAGUGAUUCGAAUUUAAUUCGGCAGUUGAAAAAAGCAAAUUUAGAAGUCCUCGAAGGCGCCAAAAAUAAUCUUCCUGACAACGAUGCCCUUCUUGCCGCGAAGAAAAUUAAAGACCUGGCCGUCAGUUUGCACCCUGAGGAUAUAUUAAUCAUCCUGAUUUCAGGUGGAGGAUCUGCUCUUCUGCCUUUGCCGAAAGAGGGCUUGACACUGGAAGACAAACUCGACGCCAUCAAAAAGCUCACCAGAGCUGGUGCUACCAUAAAUGAGCUCAACCACGUGCGGAUUGCCCUGUCCGACUUGAAGGGCGGCCAACUUGCGACCCUCUCAGGCACCAAGCAAGUUGUCACCCUUAUUUUGUCGGACAUCAUAGGAGACCCUGUCCACCUCAUUGCAAGUGGCCCCACGGUUCAGCCUCUACCUGUCAACACGUGUGACAUAAUUGAAAAAUACGACCUUACUGAUAAACUUUCGACCAAAAUCCUUCAAUACUUGAUGGACAAUAUCAAGUGCCAAUCACUUGACACCAGUCAUGUUCAAAAUUUGGUUAUUGGGAAUAAUACAAAAGCUCUUGAGGCAGCUGCAGAAAAGGCUAAGGAGCUGGGAUAUUUCCCUUGCAUUCUUUCCAACAGUGUUUCUGGAGAAGUGGUAGACGUUUCCAAUUUUUACGGCACCCUGGCCCGAGUGUGGCGCAAAAAGGAUCAAUUGAACGAGCUAAUUUCACAAUCAAAAUUUCCCAUUACAAAGCCACCAGCAGCUGUCUGUGAUAUGCAAUCAAUUAUUUUCAUUUGCGGUGGUGAGCCAACGGUUGCAUUGAAAGGGCAGGGCCAAGGAGGCAGAAAUCAGGAACUUGCCCUGAGGGUGGCGAAGACCCUGCCCGAAGGAUGCACGUUCCUUAGUGCUGGCACUGAUGGAAUAGACGGACCAACUCCGGCUGCGGGCGCAGUUUGUGACAGAUCAAAUUUGAGAUCCGAUUUAGACAAAUUUCUAGCCAACAAUGACUCGUAUUCUUAUUUGAGGGAAAGUGAUGGGGAUUUGAUCCAAACUGGGCACACUGGCACUAAUGUUAUGGAUAUUCAUUUGCUACAUGUCUGUAAAUUGGGUAAAUAGCAAUUUAAUUGUUUUUCAUUAAAAGUAGAUUGAUACAGGGCAAAAUAUUGCAAUAA